GGGUGGGAGGGAGUGUUAGUAGGAGAGGGAGGGAUGAGGGCCGCACUGACCUGGAGGGAUAAGGCCGAGCAAUGUAUAUAUGAUCUUGCUUUUAAACCUGAUGGAACUCAGCUGAUAAUUGCAGCAGGAAACAGAUUGCUGGUGUAUGAUACAUCUGAUGGAACCUUAAUUCAGCCCUUGAAAGGGCACAAGGACACAGUGUACUGUGUGGCUUAUGCUAAAGAUGGCAAGCGUUUUGCAUCUGGCUCUGCUGACAAAAGUGUAAUCAUUUGGACUUCAAAGUUAGAAGGCAUUCUGAAAUACACGCAUAAUGAUUCUAUACAGUGUGUUUCAUACAAUCCUGUUACUCACCAACUGGCAUCCUGCUCCUCCAGUGAUUUUGGCUUGUGGUCUCCUGAGCAGAAGUCAGUCUCCAAACAUAAAUCAAGCAGUAAAAUCACCUGCUGUAGCUGGACAAAUGAUGGCCAAUACCUUGCUUUGGGGAUGUUCAAUGGCAUUGUCAGCAUAAGGAAUAAAAAUGGUGAAGAGAAAGUCAAAAUAGAACAUCCUGGCAGCUCUUUAUCUCCAGUAUGGUCAAUUUGCUGGAAUCCAUCAAGAGAUGAACACAAUGACAUCUUAGCUGUAGCAGACUGGGGUCAAAGGCUUUCCUUUUUUCAGCUCAGUGGCAAACAGAUUGGGAAGGGCAGGGUGCUGAAUUUUGAUCCCUGCUGUGUUAGCUAUUUUUCCAAAGGAGAAUAUAUAUUAAUGGGAGGCUCAGAUAAGCAAGCCUCUCUCUACACGAAGGAUGGAGUGCGUCUCGGUACCAUAGGGGAUCAGAGUAGCUGGGUGUGGACAUGUAAAGUUAAACCAGACUCCAAUUAUGUGGCGAUAGGAUGCCAGGAUGGAACAAUUUCCUUUUAUCAGCUGAUUUUCAGUACAGUCCAUGGACUCUAUAAAGAUCGUUACGCUUACAGGGACAGCAUGACUGAUGUUAUUGUCCAGCACCUAAUUACUGAGCAAAAAGUUAGAAUAAAAUGCAGAGAGCUUGUAAAGAAAAUUGCAAUCUACAAAAACAGAUUAGCAAUCCAGCUGCCAGAGAAAAUCCUGAUUUAUGAAUUAUAUUCAGAUGACUCCUCAGACAUGCAUUACCGUGUGAAGGAAAAGAUAGCAAAGAAAUUUGAAUGCAACUUGCUGGUUGUAUGUUCAGAUCACAUCAUCUUAUGCCAGGAGAAAAGACUACAGUGCCUCUCAUUUAAUGGUGUUAAAGAGCGGGAGUGGCUGAUGGAGUCUCUCAUUCGUUACAUUAAAGUAAUUGGAGGCCCUUCAGGAAGAGAAGGCCUCUUAGUAGGUCUGAAGAAUGGCCAGAUUCUGAAGAUAUUUGUGGACAAUCUUUUUGCAAUUGUCCUGUUGAAGCAAUCCACAGCUGUGCGCUGUCUGGAUAUGAGUGCAUCCCGAAACAAGUUGGCAGUAGUAGAUGAAAAUGACACCUGCCUAGUAUAUGAUAUUCAUACCAAAGAGCUGCUGUUCCAGGAACCCAAUGCUAAUAGCGUGGCUUGGAAUACACAGUGUGAGGAUAUGCUUUGCUUUUCCGGAGGGGGUUACCUCAACAUCAAAGCUAGUAACUUUCCUGUCCAUCAGCAAAAACUUCAAGGCUUUGUUGUGGGAUACAAUGGCUCCAAGAUUUUCUGUCUUCAUGUUUUUUCUAUGUCAGCUGUUGAAGUUCCUCAGUCUGCUCCUAUGUAUCAAUACCUGGAACGGAAAAUGUUCAAAGAAGCCUAUCAGAUUGCUUGUUUAGGAGUAACUGACACUGACUGGAAAGAGCUGGCUAUGGAGGCCUUAGAAGGUCUAGAGUUUGAAACUGCUAAAAAGGCAUUUACCAGAGUACGAGAUCUUCGGUAUCUAGAACUGAUCAGCAGCAUUGAGGAGAGGAAGAAGCGUGGAGAGAGUAACAAUGAGCUAUUUCUAGCAGAUGUUUAUGCCUACCAGGGAAAAUUCCAUGAGGCAGCUAAACUGUACAGAAGGAGUGGACAUGAGAGCCUCGCUCUUGAUAUGUACACUGAUUUACGCAUGUUUGAUUAUGCAAAGGAUUUCCUUGGGUCUGGAGAUCCCAAAGACACUAAGAUGCUCAUCACAAAACAAGCAGACUGGGCCAAGAAUAUCAAUGAACCAAAAGCAGCAGUGGAGAUGUACAUUUCUGCAGGCGAGCACAUGAAGGCCAUAGAAAUCAGUGGAGACCAUGGCUGGGUUGAUAUGUUAAUUGAUAUAGCUCGGAAGCUUGAUAAAGCUGAGCGUGAACCUUUGUCAAAAUGUGCCUACUAUUUUAAAAGACUUGACAACCAUGGUUAUGCAGCAGAAACCUACAUGAAGAUAGGUGACCUAAAGGCCCUGGUACAUCUCCAUGUGGAAACUCAGCGUUGGGAAGAAGCCUUUUCUUUGAGUGAAAAGCAUCCUGAAUUUAAAGAUGAUGUCUAUGUCCCUUAUGCUCAGUGGCUGGCAGAGAAUGAUAGAUUUGAAGAGGCCCAAAAAGCAUUCCACAAGGCUGGCAGACAGAGUGAGGCCGUAAAAGUGCUGGAACAGCUAACUCACAAUGCUGUGGUAGAAAGCCGAUUUAAUGAUGCAGCGUAUUAUUACUGGAUGCUCUCCAUGCAGUGUUUAGAUAUAGCCCAAGACGCUGAGAUUUGAUGACAACACAGACAUUAUUGAAGAGGAUGAUCCCUUUACAGCAAAAUUGAGCUUUGAGCAAGGAGGCUCAGAAUUUGUUCCUGUGAUAGUGAAUCGUGCAGUUCUCCGGUCAAUGAGCCGGAGGGAUGUCCUGAUUAAACGCUGGCCAAAGCCAUUACAAUGGCAGUACUUCCGGUCCUUGCUACCAGAUGCUUCCAUUACCAUGUGUCCAACAUGCUUUCAGAUGUUUCAUUCGGAGGAUUAUGAGCUCCUGGUGCUCCAGCAUAACUGUUGUCCGUACUGUCGGAGAAGAAUUGACGAGUCAAACCAGUGAAAAAGAUCUAUCCAAGAGAUCUUUCUGCGAUCACAGUGAAAUGCAUUGUAGAGUAAUCAAGCUUUCUUAACAGCUUGGUUAUGUUGUUACAUAUAUUUUCUCACUCUGUAUGUUUCAUAAGCAGUGGAAAAAGAGAAACCGUUAAAUGUCACAUGUGUCCUAUCCAAACAAAAAUUUAUUUUUAUGAGCAAUGUAAUUACAGAAUUUCUAUUUAUUGCUCUUUGUUUUGUAUAUAACCACAGACCCAAAUGGGAAAAAAAUGUACAUAUAUAUUUUUAAGGAAAAUUCCGCUUUUACUUUCAAGUGUCCUAUGUUUAUCAUAGCAAUCUGCCAGUGUGCCACAGAUUCGAUAGGAACAUUUUAGGGUGAGAUUCAGCCUUGAGAUAAUUCAGUUGACCUCAUUGAUUUUGCCCCUCUUUAUGCCAGGGCUGAAUUUGGCCCUUAAUAUGUACUUGGUUGUUGACAGAACUCGAAAUAAAAAGGGGAAGUUUUUGCA